CUUCCAUUGCCUCGAGGUCAGCUGACUUCCGUCCCGCUUACCACAAACGCUGCUAGUGUUGGCUGCUGCGCGCCUGGCAACGCCCAAUGUUUGCGUCGUCUCAUCUCUGGAGGAAAACCUGCACAGUCUGAGGUGAAGGGUACACAACAGUAUGGAAUCGCCCAACGAAGCUCGACCACCGCCUCCUUCCUGGAUCAAUCAAAAAUUCAUAGAAUCUGUAAUGAUAAAUAAAACUGGAAAAGAAGUAUCUGUAGAUUCAAUUAAAGUACAGUACGCUUGUCCGGAAGGAGUUGGCUAUACAAGUUUGCUGUUCAGAGUAACUGUCCUUCUGAAGGGGGAAGACAACGAAGAAGAGGCGAAAAAGGAAUCACUACUAGUCAAAACAGUUCUUGAUUUUGGUCCGAUGAAGGAACUGAUGGAAAACUGUCAGGUGUUCAGAAUAGAGACGCAGAUGCUGCAUGAGGUGCUGCCGCAGAUCCACAAAAUCUUGGCGUCGUUGGAGGGUGAGGACUUCCAGCUGCUGACAGCUCGCUGCUACGACUGGGGUCAGCAGCCGGCAGACUUCCUUGUGUUGGAGGACCUGUCAACAGCCGGCUUCAGGAUGGCUGAGGGAGGUCGGCCUCUGGACUACCAGCACUGCAAGAUGGUCCUCCGAGCAUACGCCAGAUUACACGCCGCCUCGGCGUUUCUACUCGACAAGCAGCCACAUUACAAGAGCGUGUUCGCUAGUAGUACGUUCACAGACAAGCGUACUCAGGACUAUUUCAGAUCAAUAGGGUCUAAGAUCAUGUCUGCACUGGCAGAUGAACUGAACAAGUGUCCAGGGUAUGAAAAGUAUGCUGGAAAAUGCCGGGGAUUUAUAGACCGAUAUGCUGACAAUAUAUUCGAAUUAUUUGAGCGAAUGAAGGAGGAGACCAAGCUACCUGUACUGGUCCAUGGUGACUGCUGGAAGAACAACGUGAUGUUUAAGUACGUGGAGGGAGCACUGUCAGAUGUCAGACUUGUUGACUUUCAGGUGUCAUACGUGACCAGCCCGGCCUCGGACCUGCAGUACUUGUUGUACGCGAACGGCAGUGAGCCGGUCCACCGCCACCACAUGGAUGACCUUCUGUGCGAGUACCACAGCACGCUGUCGGACAUCCUACGGUGCCUGGGUAUGCAGCAGGAAGCUGAGGGCUUCACUUUAGAGGAGCUGAAACGGGACAUGGACCGCUGUCUAGUUAUGGGAUUUCUCUUCAGCUGCAUGAGCGGCUUUGCUCUGACUUCCGAAAAGUACGGUGUGGAAUACGUGAAGGCAUUCAACGACCCAGAGCACGCCGACGAAGCUCUCGCAAAGAUCUUCAAGAAUCCUUAUUCGUUAUCCUACAUGAAAUACCUGAUGCCAAUUUUUGACAGUAAAGGAAUUUUAUGACAAUUUGUAGCACGUAUAGCUAUUAAGAUUCAAAUAAUCUAACUUUGCAAAUUUCUGCCUUAGACGUUCUUCUAACUCACUGUAGGCUAUGAGUAAGUGGGUAUGAUGAACUAGCAGGGGCGUGCCAACUGUGUUACGUGAUUAAUUCGCAUUUAUUUCUUGAGGAUUUGUAUUUAAGUAGUAGGGCAACUCUUGUACUCCAAAAGCCCUUUAAAAUAUGCUUGGUAUUUUUUUAUUCCAUGGAUUAUUUUUGAAUAUACUGAUAUUGAGCGAGUUCUGAUGAAAUGAUUACAAACAUGUCUGUCAUUUAUGAAUCCUUCAACAGUUGUCGAAAAGAUAUAGUCGCCAUUUCUUAUGCUGGUGAGCACUGGUACAACAGUAAUCGUGUACUGAGUAACAGAAUAAAUCUUAUGUUGUGUGUCAAUCAUUCAAGGCGAAAGUUAGGGAUAGUGUUGUACCUGGAGGGUAGUGUAUCUAGGAACACAGUCCUGGUCGGCGGUUUAAUCUAGUGACUGAGUUUAGAAACCGAAGGACUGUGCACUAGAAACCGUCAUAAAUGCUUCCGACAUUUUCCGCUGUUUUUGUUAUCGUGAGACAAGAGAUUGUGCUCUGUAUGCAGCGUUUAUAAAUAUUAAGAAUUCUACAUAUUUGUGGGCAUAAUACACAUUUAAUGGCUAUUGUUAAUUCAGUAACAUAGUUUUACACUGAGUAAAAUGCUGUAUAUUUUCAAAACCAGUCAUGUAACAUGUGGAUAGUGAAGCCGUACAUAGUCGGUCGUGCACCAUCUUGUACUUUGAAACGUAAUAAGAUCUUGUACAUGGAAAAGUGGUAUUUGGAAGUGAACGGAGUUCCUUUCGUGUCUUAUCAAUCUUCACUCUCUUGAAAAUGGAAAUCUGUGUUCACUGUCAAUAGCUUCUAUUUCAACAUAUUAUUAAAUUAUAACUGGUUCCUACUAAUACUUCUUAAUUUGAUUUCACUUACAGAGUACUGAUGUGAAGUAGAGUAAUAAUGUAACACAAAGGCUAUUGAAAACAGUACUGACAA